GUGUUCAACAACCGAUAUAAUUCUAACUGAGCACCCCCUUAAAGGAAGUAAAUUGAUCAUGGCACUAAGGUAUGACUUGGCAAGAGUUCCAGGAAUUAUUUCUGCAGCGCUUUGAAACCGAAGAGACGCCGGCCGCUACGUUUUUAAAUUUACUCAACAGCCGCCCGACUGCCGCCGAAUGUUACGCGGUGUAUGCGAGUCGGCUGGUGACGACGCUGACUACGAAGUGGCGGAAUAUGGAAAUAGAAGAAAUUGCCGUUACAACUGUUCUUGCGCAUAUGGCAAACAUUGACAGUCGUUUGCAGCGCGUCCUCUUCACAUCCAAUGUGCGUACCAGAAGUAAGCUACAGGCGGAGUUAAAAGCGUUUACGUUCGACAAGCAGCGACAUGCUCGAGAUGACAACCUUGGACCUGACCAGAAGAACCGUAAGACAUCGCCAGUUGUAUGCCACUUCUGUUCAAAGCCGGGACAUCGAAUUGCUGAAUGCCGAAGUAAAAUGCGACAAGAUAGAGAGGCGAAACCGCAGCGUGAAAAAUCAAAUGUUACGUGCUAUCGGUGCGGCCAACCGGGACAUUUCUCCAACCAGUGCCCGAAAAACGGAAGUGCAGCCAAACAAGAUGUGACUCAACAGAAGACUGUUAACCAAUGUUGUGUGACUGAGCCAAAGGGAAGCUUGCAUCAACGAGGUGAGAUCUAUCCAAUUUGUUUCGAUUCCGGUGCAGAGUGCUCCCUUAUUAAAGACGACAUUAGCAGUAAGUUAUCUGGUAAACGUAUAAACAAUACUGUAAUUAUAAAAGGCAUUGGUGGUGGCAGUGUGUGCAGUACAUUGAAAAUCUUGAGUGAAGUCACUAUAAACGAAAAUAUUAUGGAAAUAUUAUUUCAUGUAGUCCCGAACGAGCAAAUGAGGAAUGAUAUUCUGAUAGGGCGAGAAAUACUUAAACAAGGCUUUUAUGUAAUUUUGGCAUCCGAUAAUUUUAAAGUUGUAAAAUCAAAAACUGUUAAUAAUUGUUCCGUUACUGAGCGAUCGUUUACUUUGUCCGAUAUUGACACCGAAUUAGUCGACAAUGAGAAAGCUCAAUUAAUUGAGCUACUUGAAAAGCACUUGACUUCAUUUACCAACGGGAUGCCUGAUACUCGAGUAAAUACAGGCGAAAUGAAAAUCCGUUUGAUUGACCCAACUAAAACUGUUCAGCGCCGACCUUACAGACUUAGCCCCGAAGAGAGAAAGAAGUAG